AUGUCAUCGGCUCCGAACGACACUAGCCUCAGGCCUCGCAUUCGCAUAAGACAGGCAUGCCAAUCAUGUCGGAAGCGACGAAGAAAAUGCAAUGGUCUGUACCCGUGCAGUCAGUGUGUAGCUUAUUCAUACGAGUGUGAAUAUCUACAGGGCCAGCAAGAUCAUCGCCCAUUUCGACGUCAAUCAUCGGCCGACAACCAUACUGACCAUGAUAAAUCGAUAUGCACCAAUCCUACUACAGACCAACACCGAAAUCAUCAAGCUGAGGAGUCAAAUAUUAUGAAGGAACAUGCACAUGACAGAAAUACAGCACACAUGGAAAACUCAGGAUCAUCGCCAUUCAUCCAUUUUCCAUCAAACUCACCCAAAACCAGCAACCUAAACAAAAACACCGACUAUGGCAAAGCGGAGCCUCGACCAGCUGUUGAUGCUGCUAAAGGCAGAUUUUCAAACCCACACAGCGGUAUCUUAUUACCCCGAAGAGUGAGUCGGUCCAUAGAUCUUCCAAUCGAGCUUCGAUUUCAUUCAUAUGGAUGGAAUGUAAACACCAGACCAGAGCCGUCUGCAGUAGUGAAUCCGGUCGUGUGCCGCUGGCUCAGUUUCCAAAAUGUCACUCUCUAUAGUGACAUCUUUUUUGAAGUAGUGGAUCCGGUCUACCACUUCAUCAGUAGAAAGCGAUAUUAUGAGCGAUGUGCGGAUAUGUGGGAGAAGGCGACUGCCUUGGUAAUGAGAGCAUCACCGCAGUGGCUAGAUCUUGAGGCACUAGUUGCUGGAGUCAUUAGUCUCGGCUCUUUUUUUGCCGAGGACCCUUCGCCUUUAGAAUCCCAACUGGUGGACCAUGCUAAGAAAAUCCUCGAUGUUGGCUGUGCAUGUGCUCCGGGAAGACUGUCUCUUGAUCAGACGGCAGGGUGGAUUCUGAGGACUCUGUACUUGCGCCUUACCACACGCCCCCAUCUUGCCUGGUAUGCAUCCUGUUCGACCAUGCACGUUGUGGAGGCGAUGGGAUUACAUGUUGACUUGAGCAAUGUUGACCUGGCUGCGAACGAGCGUCGUAUGAUGACACCGGAAAUACUUGCUUCCCGGAAGAAAUUAUUGGAGUGUGCGACUUUUCUCAAUGCUAUCAUUUCUGCUGACUACGGUCGAUCGCGUGUUGUUCUCCAAGAAUUUCCAACAGUCGCUGCAAACCCUGUCACGGAUUUAGGCUCAAGCACGGGCUUGAUGAAAUUGGCUCAAAUAUUGUCGAGUUUAGACACGAGCCUCUCCGAUGCAUCUCGAAUUGAUAUUCUUUCCACUGUGAAGGCGUUACCUGACGAGCCGCCAGUCUUUGUCCUGCUCAAGACCGAUGUUGCUAUUCAUAUGUUUCGGAAACAUGUUCGCCUCGAAAGUGAAAAACUUCCAGAUUCACAGAGUAAACUCAUGUUGAGCCUCAUAAGGUCUGCAUUGUCCGAGGUGCGAUGUCUAUUGCCUUUCCGACACGCGUGGUGGAAUAUACUCUGUACACCAUUUCAAUCUUUGAUGGUUCUGCUGGCUAUGGACUCAGACGAAAGUCUUGUUUUAAUUAACGAGGCCAUGUCGAUCUUGCAGGCUGUUCAUGCAUUAUUUCCCACCUAUUUGGCAGCCGAAGCGUUCCACACGGCACAAACCCUUGUCAAGGGACUUAAAAAGCGUAAAAUGAGACAAGUCCAAUUUCUUGAAAAUGAAUAUUCUCUUUCCAACCCAAAACAAUUGAACUUGACAGGGAGUUGUGAUAGCAACAACAACAUUGAUGGUAUUAAUGUCAAUCUCUCCAUGGACCCGGCGACAAAUUUGUCAAAUUCAUCCGAUGGAGAAUCUACUAUACUCAACGAGGCAGAGACACUGCUUACUGACUGGUUUUCUGGGGCUUCAGAUUUGGAUCAGUUGUUGAACAUGGAUAUCUUUAGUCCAAACGGUGGGCAGGUGUUGUAUGGGGGAGAAGCCAUGGAUUUGUUUAAUUUUCCGUAG